AUGGACCUCAAUGUCGUUGCAUACGACGAGCGCGGCAGCAACGCGUUUGCUCAGAGCGAAACAUGUAUCAUUUACAGCAUAUCCACUUCGGUUUUGGACCAAAACGACGUGGUCAUCGUUGGUGGAGGUCCAGCAGGAUUAGCGUUGGCAAGUGCUCUAUCUUCAACAAAAAUCGUGCGAGACUCUCUUAAAAUUACACUGGUGGAAGCCGGAGAUCUAUCCAAGGUGAAAGACUGGAACCUUGACUCAAACUCCUACUCCAACCGCGUCAGCUCAAUCACAGGUUCUUCACAAACAUUCUUACAAGAUAUUGGUGUGUGGAAUGAUGUCGACAUAACGCGAACAAAUCCCAUACAUGAAAUGCAGAUAUGGGAUGGCAUGUCCGAUGCCCGCAUUACAUUUGAUACCUCGGAAUCGGGAGCCUGGGGUACUUCAGAGUCUACCCCAAUGGCUAACAUGACAGAAAACCUCAACCUUCAACGUGCCCUUCUGCGAUAUAUGUCUCAUAGCCCAACAGUUCGGCUACUAGAUCGCGUCAAAGUUGUAUCCAUCGAUCGGGAAGACAAGGAAGGUGGGCUAGGAUGGCCUUUGGUGCAUUUAUCCAAUGGCACAACUCUUCGGACGAGGUUACUGGUUGGCGCUGAUGGUUUCAACUCUCCUGUUCGCUCGUAUGCUGGGAUAUCGUCAUAUGGAUGGGCAUAUGACACGCAAGCUAUCGUCGCAACUCUUAAUCAUCCUGAACGAAGUCAGUUUGAGUUGCCAAACAAUACGGCAUACCAGAGAUUCCUCCCUACAGGCCCAAUAGCAUUCCUACCGCUAUCUCCUACCACAUCUUCCCUUGUCUGGUCAACGAAACCUCGCCUCGCCUCUACCCUGACAAAAGCUGACCCGGCCGUUCUGGCGAGCAUGAUAAAUGCAGCCUUCAGAUUACCUGAAGUCUCUGUUCGGUAUCUUCACGAGUCCAUCCUUGAUGCGCACGAUGCUGAUAAACCCUUGUCGCAUUCACAAAUCAUGGAAGAGAUUGCGUGGCGCGAACGCUCUCACGAUAUAAGCAGACACUCCGCAUACAACUCGACUUCCUCUGUUGUUUCGGAGAGAGGUGUUCCGCCCGAUGAUUCCGGUUCUUUGCCUCCCCUUGUAACAUCCAUCCAGCCUAGCACUAUCGCUUCAUUCCCCUUGCGCUACAAUCACACUGAUUCCUAUAUUGGGGAGGGUGCUGGCAGUCGCACAGUACUCAUUGGUGAUGCUGCACAUACAGUUCACCCUCUCGCUGGGCAAGGUCUCAACCUAGGUCUCGCUGAUGUAGAAGCUCUGGCACGUUGUAUCAGUAGCACUGUGAUGCAAGGUGGCGAUAUUGGAUCUUACACUGCGCUCCUUCCAUACGCUCGCGAACGCUACUUCGAGAAUCACAAGGUCAUGUCAGCUGUAGACAAGCUACACAAGCUCUAUUCUUCCACAGCUGAACCUGUGGUAUGGGCUCGCUCUGUAGGUGUGGAAGUUCUGAAUGAACUAGACUCAGUUAAAGCUGCUCUCAUGAUGAAUGCUGGUGCGUAUGGACGGAAGCGCAAUCUUGGAUCUGGGUGGGAUGUCAUUGCGAGUGGGUUCAGCUUAGCGACAGGUGUAGUCAAUGCUACCAAAAUCAUAGGCGGUGGCAUGACUGGACUACUUGGAGUUGGCCUUCAGAGUCUUUCGAAAACUUUGAAUCAGACCAACUCGAAGUAAUAGAGGACCCACUUCUACGAAAAUAUGCUCUGCCUUGUGUAUUUACAUCCCACAAAGCGUAUGUGGUAAUAAUAUGCUCGACGUUUAACU